AAGGAGUUUAUACACUAAAAUCGGAUCAUUUAAUUCUUGAUACACCAUCAAUAAGUAUUGUUCCUGAAGACAAGAAACCACAAACUGAAACUGAAAUAGUCGAGGAAGAAGAAACAGUGACUGUUACAGUGAACCAACCAGAAACCGAAGAAGUUAUCGAAGAAGUUAUUGAAGAAAUAAAACAGGAACCAAAGAAGAAACCAGAAAUGCCUGUACAGGAAGUCGAAGAGAUGAGUACAGUUACUUUAACUAUCGAAAAACCACAAAAUACAACAACAAAAGAUGUUGUUCUACUUAAAAAUGGAGAGCAACUUAAACCCUCUGAUCAUGUUAAAAUAAUUUCAAUAUCACCUACUACAACUGAAGUUAAUAUUACUAAAGUUAAGCGUGAAGAUGAAGGUGAUUAUACAGUUGAAGUGAAAGGUGUUGAACAACCACUUGUUCGACUCAUUGUUCAUCCCAAACCAGUUGUUCGACAAGAAAUGCAGUUACCAAAAACACAAUUUAAUGAAAAAGAAACUCUCACUAUUGUUUGUCAGUUUGAUGCAACACCAGAAGAACCAUUUAUCUUUCUUCAUAAUGAUCAACCAAUUGUUGCAGAUUCACGUGUAACAACUACUAUUGAAGAUAAUAAAUAUACAAUCGUAGUCAAAGAUCUUCGACCAGAAGAAGAUGAGGGUGUUUAUACACUAAAAUCAGAUCAUUUAAUUCUUGAUACACCAUCAAUAAGUGUUAUUCCUGAAGAAAAGAAACCUCAAAGUGAAACUGUGACAAUAGAAGAAGAAACAAUCACCAUUGAAGCUUCACAACCACAUGUUGUUAAGGAAACGCCUAAAGUCGAACAAGAAGAAACACAUCGAAGUGAAAUUGAAGUUCCUAUUGUUAAAGUUCCUCAAGGUGAUACAAUAACUAUUCGUAUUCCUGACUCAAAAACAACAGAAUCAAGUGAAAUAAAUCUAUACAUCAAUAAUCAACCAGUUACAACACUUACGGAUGAAGAUAGUCGUAUCACAAUUGAAAAAGAUGGUAAAACAGACAAUUAUGUUGUUGUUUCAGAUGCUACUCCAGAAGAUGUUGGACGAUAUACAGUUGAAUUUAAUGGAAAAAUGCAACCACUUUGUAUGCUCGAAGUAACACCAGGUCGAGAAAGAAAGUCGGAAGCAGAUAUUCCAUUACAACAAGGUGUUGUUGAAGAAAUUGUAGAGGAAGAAGAAGAACAACCAGAAGAAAUUCCUACACAUGAAGUUGUCGAAGGUGAUAGUGUUAAUUUAGUAAUUGAACGACCAAGUGAUACAGAUGUGAAACAAACAUUUUUAUUACAAAAUGAUAAGAAACUUGAUCAAAAUACACGUUUAACAAUUAAACCAGUAUCAUCAACAUCAACUGAAAUAACUUUAGAAAAUGUUAAUCCAAAUGAUGAAGGUACUUAUUCAAUACAAUUUGGUAAUCAACCAAGUCAAAAGUUAAUGAAUUUAAAAGUUUUACCUAAACCUAUUGUUCAUGAUGCUCU